AUGGACAACGAUGUUUGCUCUCUAGCUUUAGAAAAUAGAACCAUUUUCACAGUACUUCUAUUUCACAAGCAAUGGACCUUUGAAGAGAGGGUCAAAUCAUCCUAUGCAUAUAGGCAUCUCAACAAAAGUGUACUUGAAAGGGCUCCUUGUUCUGUUCGGAUUCUCAUCGAUUAUGGAAGUUUCAAGAGUUUCCAUCAAACUGUGCCCUUUCACAAACAAUUUACUAUUGAUGGAAGAGUGAGCGUCAACUCCUUCAAUCAAAAUGGUGACCAGAAGGCAUUCGAUUUGAGGGGCCAUUCCAUGUUCCGAAUCACUAAGCUAUUCCUCGCGGGUGCUGAUGACUGCGAAGCUCUAUCCUAUACUAGUCGUUUGGUUGAAAAUCCACAAAUUGAACUCACUUUUUCAUUGUGGCUUAGGCAAUGGGAUCACAUGAAGUAUGAAGAUGAAACAGGGAAGACUGUCUAUACACAAUUGGUUAAUCAGUUCCGGGCCAAUACUGUUGGAAAUCAAAGAGUCAUUUUGAAGCAGAACGGAAGUUCAAUGGUUCACUAG